AUGGGUCGUGGCUGGGUCUUUUGGCCCUUCUGCAUCAACGAGAAGGUGGUCUUGCAGCUCGCCCCGCUCCAUAAGGUCCGUCUGAAGCAGGGAGACUUCUACCUACAGGUGGUUCCUCUGGGCCGCAAGGCUGCCAAGCUGGUCAUAAAAUGUCUGUCGGCCAGCGGCCAGGCCAUCGCAGAGAUCCCCGUCCCAGAGAGCAUGUACGGCAGCGUCUUCACCGCUGACUUCCUGCAGAAUGUGACGCGRGAGCGCAACCUCCACCCGCUGCAGAACUGGUUGCUCACCACCGGCACCGUCGUGUACCGGACGCCGUGGAAGAACGUGGUGAAUCCUCUGUUCGUCAGCAGCACGACAGACGCCAUCAUGCAGACGCGAGGCGACAGCACGGGCUUCCGUGGCCAGCUCAGCGCCUGCAGUACCAGUGGAUCCACGGGGACCCUGGACUCCCAUCGCAGCUCCCACGAAUCACUACACUCCCAGGGGGCAGACUCUACCUUCUCAGAGCCUGCUAUCCUGAGCAGGCGGGUCCAUGUAAUGGACCCCAGCAGCACUAGUUGCAGGUCCCAACAGGAUCCCAACCCAGGACUUCACCGGAUGGAGAACCACAAUCAGAACCACAGCCUGAGAGCAGCUCCUGCCUCUCACUCCUGCAGCCCACAGACAGACAGGCUGGCUGGGGAGGGUGGUGGUUGUCCGGGGAAGGGCCAGUUGGAGGGCCAGUGGGAGGGGGAGGAGGGCCAGGGUGGGACCAGAGAGAGGACCAGGACCCUGUCGUUCAGCACCGACCUCAGUAACCCCAACCCUCGCCGCCCCCGCCACGCCAGGGACUCUGUGUCCUUCGAGACCCGGAGACUGUUCCGUAAGUCCUACAUGGAGGCCCUGCAGAACCCCAUGAACCUGGGCUCUAGCUCUGAGUCCAUCCUGGAGGAAGGACCAGAGCACAGUCCUGCAUGCCCAGGUCUCAGCCCACUCAGCCCCAGAGAGGAUACCUCAUCAACAGCUACGACCCCUGGUAGCAGCCCCUCCACCCCCACCACCCAGAGAGACCAGGGGCCCCGUGGGCUCAGGCUAGGGGGGACCAGGGCAUGGCUGGGUGGGGACCCCGACUCCCCCCGACUCUCUCCCAGCACACCUCUCCUGUACCUCCAGAGGGGUCUGAGGAARGCUGGGGCCCUGGAGACCCGUGCUGAGAGGCGCUCCAAGUCUCUAGAGAGGACUAYCAAGGCGGCCCAGGUCAAAGGGCACCGGGCGCGCUCCUCCUCCGGGGGCUCGGCCAGCAGUGGAGUCUUCUCACCAAAGAAGCUGAUGAACGGAUACGCCCUGCGCUUCGGACGGCUGGACCUGGAGGCUGCCUUCUCCAGCUCAGACAGGAGGAGCAGUGUUAGAGAGGAGACAGGUAGAAAAACCUGA